GGGUUGGGAUAUGACAUCAAGAUAUGAGGACGGGAUAUGAAGUCAAAAGCUUCCUCCUUUGUUUAUUUUCCUCCUCAACAAGGAUUAGGAAGGAACCACCGUUCCGGUAGAUGUCCGGCAUUAACUCUUUAGACGAGGCAAUCAAAAUUGAAAGAAUUCGGGUUGUUUGGAUGUCCGUAGACUUUACCCAGAGCGGCCUCAUUACUAUAGGAUCGUAAAAAGUAGAUCUAUGUUACCCCAAAUUUAACGCGAGCGAAGCUGCGGGCAAAAGCUACUAGUAAAUAUUUAUAUUACAACUGUUACACCAUGUAUGGUGGAGACACAGGCUCUGUCCUGCUACAUCUGUAUAUAAGCUGAAGGGACAACUUGACUUUCACUUUUGCUUCACACUUCCUGGCCUGUUGCAGUUUGAUUGACACAGAACAUGUCCUAUGUGGCUUUGCACUGUGCACACACCCAGCCAAUGUUCUAGAGGGAGCUGGGGGGCAGAGCCUGAGAACUCCUAACUUCCUCAUGCAGGAAAGGAAGCCACAAGCUGAGCUCUAAUAACAUGAGCAUUACACACAGACAAAAGCUCUACCAAGAUUACAUCUCCCACUAUGAAUCCAGGAGCUAUGAAGGCAACGUCACCUUGUGUGACCAGGAGCUGGAGUGCAGGGGGGACACUGUGCUGUGUGACUCCCCUGCAGCACUAGGUGAAUCCUACACCCAGCUGAUCAGACAGAACUUACAGAGCCAAAAUGAGGAGCACAGGGUGGAAGUGCUGAAGCAGAUGAAGAAGGGGUUUGCAGUUCUAGAGCUUAUCUGUGUCAAUUUAUUUCUGUUCCCAUGGAGGAAAGAGAUCAGGACACUAAAGAAAUUUACUGGAAGUUUUGUCUAUUUUGUUAAACCCAUCAUCCCAGAAAAUAUAAUUCAGCAGAUCCUCCAACAAGUGGGUUACUCUAAAGCAUCAGAGACGGCAUAUAUCAUGACUGGCAAAAUAAACUCUGAAGAAGCCAAGCAGACUGCUUUCGAAUUGUACCUGGCUAGAAUUCAUUGUGACAAGUUGCUCUGGCACUUGAAUGAAAAUAAGUCUGUCUCUGUAAGUCUACUGGUCAAUGGGCCCAGUACUGAAGCAAACAGUGCAAAUGAAAACAGUAGUUAUGCUGGGAAAAAAACUAGCAGAAUCACGGACGUCCAUAAAACCGACAGAAUAAAUAAUUUAGAUUUUCAAAGCAACGUCACCAAUAAUAAUGACACUAUAAAAGAUACAGACCUGACUUUAACAAAUACAAGCAGCCAUGAUUUUAUCUCUGAUACUUCCAAGAAGGAUACAAGUUACUAUAUGAAACACAUGGACAGUGAUGAGUUCCUUGCAAAGUACAGUGACCUAAACUUAGCCCAACAGCCAAUUUUCCCAUUACAUAUCAAACAAAACAAGCCCAAACAGUGGGCAGCACCAGUCUCAGAACCAAACUUUGAACACCACAUCCCAGAGUCCAUUGUAAUACAAUCUGAAUUGGCUAUAUCUGACAGCAAAGACCUUGCUGAGAAGGCCACUUGUGAUCUACAAGCUGACAACAUUGAUGUAAGAACUUUUACUGAUAAUCUGGAAACUCCAAAAUCUCUUAUAGUUAAUGAACAUCCAGCAGAAACCAUUGUGCUAACUAAGCAAGAGCGUGUAGUGACCAAACUAAAGAUGCAAAACAUGGCCGGAGAGUCCUUGGCCUACCCUGUUGAGGAAACAUUACCACCAGAUUCAACAAAAUUUCCUAACAGCAGUGAUAUGGGUAGAAAGGAGGUAAAGUGGGCAUUCCUGAAGACUAAGGAGGGCGCUGAGAGCUUUGCCACUCCAAUGCCCUUAUCUUCUGAUUUCUCCAUGUUGAAUAUCUCCAGUAAGUCAGCUGUCUGGACUCCAGGUACAGAGAACAGGCUCCGAGAGCCACCCAACUCCACAUACAUUCCGCCAAUGGCACUCAAAAGUGAGUUGACAAAGUUGACAAAUACCAAACCAGAAGAAAACCACUUCCAGGCCCCUUCUCCACCAGAAGGUACCCUUCUGGUUAAUGAGUUUAAAGUACUAGAGGACACCAAGGAGGACUAUGUGAUGAUAACUAGAAAAGAUCCUCUCCAAAACUGAGUUUUAUUAUCCAUAAAAGGUGAUGGUGGGGAAGAAAAAAUUAUUUUGAGUUGAGAUGAUAAUUCCAAGACCUAUAGUCCAGGCAGUAAGCCUUUGACUGCUAUUUUGACAAGGUGCAGGACAUUUAAUAGCUUGUAGAUAGCACUUUAUUUUGUUAUCAAACACAACAUAACUAUCAUCUAACAAACAUCUGAUAUAAUAUUGCAUAAUAAAUCCUUGAUAUGUUUUGGUCAGUGGGGUCUGGGUUCUCAGACCUUCACCAAACAAUGAAACGAAGGACCAAGCUGAGUGCUGUGCCUUUUUAUUUGGUGCAGCUUGGAGCGUUGAUUGAUCAGUGUACAGAUUAAAAUAAUGUCUGAGACUUUUUACAAAUCCAAACACCACAUGCCCUGCUUUUCAAAGAGAGCCACAGAGGCACAGAGCUUAGCUGAGCGCUUCUGCCCAUUCUUUUCAGAGGUUGGUAAAGGUCUUAGCACCCAGACCUAACCGACCAAAAUUUAUAACGUCACUAGAACACAUCAGAGGUUUGAAGAAAUGGGCAAAAAUGAUAGUGUGUUAUGCCUAGUGCAGGGCUGGGAGAUGGUACAUGGCACAGUUAUUCAAAAACACCAAAGAGAGAUUCCGUGGGUAAUGCUCUGGCCCAGCAAAUACGUAUAACAUUAUUUUUAGACGUGCCCGGACUGUUCCUUUUAACACCCUAUUUGCAGCAAAAACAUACAGUAAUAGGAGCUGGGAUCUUUUAACUUUACUGGAUGCUAUUUACACAUUGAUUUCAAUAUUAAAACAGUAUGGACCUUUUUUUUGGGGGGGGGGGGGGAGUGAAAACAUUACUUAAUCGAUGUGUAAUUUUUCCUCUUGGGGACCAAUAAUUCGUAUGGGGUCCUAUGAAGAUUCAUUAAAGGGACAACUGUAAAUGAUCACGUGAACCAUUAGUUAUGUCUAUGCAGCAAUAAACCAUUUCCAAUGGAAAUUUCUCCCAUACCUGCACUGUUAUUUGAUCCAUGGUACUCAAAGUAGUAAUAUAAUAAUACAGCAUUCUGACAAGUAUACAGCUGCAAAUUCAUAUGGUACCUCAACCCCCCCCCCCCCCCCAUGUAGGUCUGUACAAAUAUUAAAGUUGAAUUAUCUAUUUCUUUGAUCAAAUUGCCUCCCAAUGGGCAUAAAGGGCAUGCCCAGCUUUGAAUAAAUUUUAAAGCAAAUACAUAAAUAUACAGUAAUCUACUGAGUAGCUUUAUAAAUACUGUAUAUAGCAUUAUUGUCCUGUACUAAUCUAAAACAGCCUGUAUUAUACUUCAGGGCUGGGAUUAAGUCCUGGGGAAAAAAGUGAGGGAACUCACCCAAGAUUUCCACUCAAGAGCUGGUUCUGCAGAACUCCUGCUAAUGGGAAUAGUGAUUCUGCUGUGGAAAAAGUGCAGAAACUCAGUUCCCACAUGUUCCUGCAGGACUUGAGCCCUGCUUUAGGGCUGUGUUCACAAUUCAGCUGGUUUCUAUUGGAAACAGACUAUAAGCGUGUUGUCAUAGCUUCCCCUAACAACUUAAUAUAUGGGGAGGUAGCUAGUUUUUUGUGCCCUUACAAUGAAGUGUUCCCACAUUCAGGUUUGUAACUGCAGUUAUUGAAUAAAAGUCAGGAACAAAUCUUAAAUGAAGGAAAUGUAUAAUGGAAAGUACCAGGUGAUCCAAAAGUCAGGACGAACUUUAAA